GCCGGCCCAAGCGCCCAGGCGGCCGCUCCCUGCUGACUCGGAGUGUGGGCGGGGAGAGGAGGGCGGAGGGAAGAGGAGGAGGCACUGUCUCUGCCGUUUGCCUCGUCGGCUGCGAGAGCCGGCAGUGGUCCGCAUCAAGGCUGCCGCCACGGCCGCCAUGGACGAACAGGCGGGGCCCGGCGUCUUCUUCAGCAACAGCCACCCAGCGGCAGCCGGGGGCGUCAAGGGGCUAGGGCCCCUGGCAGAAGCCGCUGCCGCAGCCGCGGGCGAUGGGGCGGCGGCGGCGGCGGCGGUGGCUGCUGCGGGGGCGGCCCGAGCUCAGUACAGUCUCCCGGGGAUCCUGCACUUCCUGCAGCACGAGUGGGCCCGCUUCGAGGUGGAGCGCGCCCAGUGGGAGGUGGAGCGGGCGGAGCUGCAGGCCCAGAUUGCCUUCCUUCAAGGAGAAAGGAAAGGACAAGAAAAUCUGAAGAAAGAUCUAGUAAGGAGGAUCAAAAUGCUGGAAUAUGCUCUUAAACAGGAAAGAGCCAAAUACCACAAGUUGAAAUAUGGGACAGAGUUGAAUCAGGGAGAUAUGAAGCCUCCAAGUUAUGAUUCUGAUGAAGGCAAUGAAACAGAGGUGCAGCCACAACAAAACAGCCAGUUAAUGUGGAAACAAGGGAGGCAACUACUCAGGCAGUAUCUUCAGGAGGUUGGUUAUACAGAUACCAUAUUAGAUGUGAAAUCAAAACGGGUACGAGCUUUGUUGGGCUUUACAAGUGAUGUCACUGAGAGGGAAGAUGAAAAAAACCAGGAGUCAGUGAUAAAUGGAGUGGAAGCUGAAAUUAAAGAAACUGUGAUGAUUGGGAAACCAGAGUUAACAGAUUCAGCCUCUGUACUGGAUACUUUCAAAUUCCUUGAAAAUGCAGACUUCAGUGAUGAAGAUGAUGAAGAUGAUAUUGAUGGGAGAGAGAAAACCAUCAUUGAUACUUCAACGAUUGUUAGGAAGAGGGUGUUGUCUGAUAGCAGUGAAGACCGAGAUACAAAAGAAGCUCUAAAGGAGUUUGAUUUCUUGGUUGCACCAGAUGAAGGAGACGGAGAAUCUAGAAGUGCAGGCGAUGGAACAGAAUGGGAAAAGGAAGACCAGUGUCUCAUGCCUGAAGCCUGGAAUGUGGACCAGGGAGUAAUAACCAAACUCAAGGAGCAAUACAAAAAGGAGAGAAAGGGGAAAAAGGCGGUGAAGAGAAAAACUACCGAAGAUCUGUUUCAGCCUCUAUCCUAUAUAAAACAGUCAAAACAGGGAUGUGGGAGAAUGAUGGAUCAAAGCCCAGGGCCCAACAGGUCAAAAUUACAAGAUAUGCUUGCUAACUUGAGAGAUGUUGAUGAACUUCCUUCCCUGCAACCAUCCUUGGGAUCACCUUCUAGACCAAGCAGUUCAAGGCUUAGUGAACAUGAAAUUAACAGAACAGAUGAAGUGGAAGCAUUAACAUUCCCUCCUACAUCAGGAAAGUCAUUUAUCAUGGGAGCAGACGAAGCCCUCGAAAAUGAACUUGGUCUUGGUGAACUGGCAGGCCUUACUGUUGCCAAUGAGGCUGAUUCACUGACUUAUGAUAUAGCAAACAAUAAAGAUGCUUUGAGGAAGACUUGGAAUCCCAAGUUUACAUUAAGAAGUCACUUUGAUGGAAUUCGAGCACUGGCUUUCCAUCCAGUUGAGCCAGUUUUGAUAACAGCAUCAGAAGAUCAUACGUUAAAAAUGUGGAAUUUGCAAAAAACAGCUCCAGCAAAAAAGAGUACUUCUCUUGAUGUGGAGCCUAUCUAUACAUUUAGAGCUCAUAAAGGUCCAGUCCUCUGUGUAGUAAUGAGCAGCAAUGGUGAACAGUGUUAUAGUGGAGGGACAGAUGGCCUUAUCCAGGGCUGGAAUACAACAAACCCAAACAUCGAUCCUUAUGAUUCUUAUGACCCUUCUGUUUUAAGAGGUGCACUUCUGGGCCACACAGAUGCAGUCUGGGGCUUGGCUUAUAGUGGAGUACAUCAGCGUUUAUUGUCCUGUUCAGCAGAUGGCACUCUUCGUUUGUGGAAUACAACUGAAAUUGCUCCAGCCCUAAGUGUAUUUAAUGAUAAUCAAGAACUGGGAAUCCCUGCCUCUGUGGAUCUAGUGAGCAGUGAUCCGAGCCAUAUGGUAGCAUCAUUUAACAAUGGAUAUACUAGCAUCUUUAACAUGGAAACACAACAACGCAUUCUCACUUUAGAAGCCAACCUAGAUACAACCUCUAAUAUAUCCUGCCAAAUAAAUAGAGUCAUCAGUCAUCCCACCCUUCCAAUCAGUAUCACUGCUCAUGAAGACAGACACAUUAAAUUCUAUGAUAAUAACACAGGAAAACUGAUCCAUUCAAUGGUUGCCCACUUAGAAGCUGUUACAAGCCUAGCUGUUGAUCCCAAUGGCCUGUACUUGAUGUCUGGCAGUCAUGAUUGUUCAAUACGUUUAUGGAACCUAGAAAGCAAGACCUGUAUCCAAGAAUUCACUGCUCAUCGAAAAAAGUUUGAGGAAUCUAUUCAUGAUGUGGCAUUCCACCCAUCUAAAUGUUAUAUCGCCAGUGCUGGAGCAGAUGCCCUGGCCAAAGUCUUUGUAUGACAUGAUGCCCCUCUUUCAGCUUCUCUCUAUAAUCAGCUGCACACAAGAGAUAACAGAAGAUGAGGGGAAAAGUCAUCUUUUCUUGCCCUUUCAUUCUGCCAAUGGAGCACAGAGAACAUUUGUUAAAGUAUAGUUUUUGCAGUCGAUGUACUGUUUUCUAAAAUUAAGGUUUGUUCAGGUUACUGUAAGCUCAGCUGGUUCUGUGAGCCUGAGAACUGUUUCAAAUUAUUCUGAAAGUAUAUGCUUUUAUUUGUGAGGGGUUCUUAUUCGCCGGGCAGGCCUGAGCGAAACAAGGUUCAUUUAGUCCCUGUGGAGGAAUUGGGGUAUUCUUUAAGGGAGGGAUACAUCAAUAACCUGAUUUAUUGGGGUGGGGUGGAGGGAGCAGGGGAACGUAAGCAUGUUUUUCAUUUGAGAAAUUCUGUCAAACAUAUGCACGUUAGGUAGUCAAAACAGUGGCCUUUAUCAUGCCCACUGGACAAACCUUUUUGUGACUGAUGACUAGGCAGUUCUGAAAGGAGUUUAGUUUAGCGUGUUUAUGAGCUUUACAAAUAAAGUGAUUGGCAAAACAUUUUACCUAUAAAAAAAGAAUGCAAUAAUAUGUUACAUAUGUUAUUCAGUAAUGCCAAUCAGACACUUAGUUUGCAGGCAAAAUUAUAUAUUGUAUUACAUUUUUGAAAAUAGAAUUGUUACCAAGUGACUGAGAGUUUAGCUGUUAGAUAUUCAACUUUAAAGAGAAUGUUUGAUACAGUCUAUAUUUACUAAGAGAUUUAACUUAAUACAGGCAUUCAAAGCUGAGUCUAUCAUUCAAGGACAGUCACUAGCACAGGUCUCUAACACAAUAACCUGUACUGUUGUUAAAAUUCAGUUCUAUUCAUGUGAUGUUUAUAAUACCAAAAUGGUUAACCCUUCUUAUCAAUGAACUCACAGCUGGAUAGAUGCAAAGCAAAAAAAAUGUUUAGAGAGAGUCUCAUUUAUGUCCAUAUAACCAUGCUUCAGAUUAUCUAUGCUCUCUUUCUUCCCUAAACCUCAGGUUAGGCUACUUAUAGCCUUCAAUAAUACUAUCACAGUUUAUAUUAGUUUUAAAAAAUAACAAAUGCAGUCUGCUAGGUUGGGUUGGGUUCAUCCUGCUGCUUUUUGUAAAGAAAAAAAUCUAAACAAAGCACAAGCAGUGUACCUUCAAAAACCCUAUCUCAGCUUUAGGAGGGAGGACAUCUGAGUAGAAAGGCCAAUUGCAUAUCUUUUUUGAGAAACUGUAGACCGUUUCCAAAUUGAAUUUUUUUUUAAAAGAAGUAAGUUUAGUCAUUGCUCUUGGAAAACGUAGUACCUAUUUAGAUGAAAAGGUACUCUUGUGCCCAACUUCCCUCUGACUGAGAGUUGAUUAUCACUUCCUGACCAAGUGUUCUAGCUGCCCAGACUCAACCUCAUACUACUCAGAUUUAGAUUUCUACUACCUUGACCUUGCUGCCUAAUUGAAAUCGGUUUUACCUUCUAUCCCACCCCUUUUCUUUGACACUCAAACCCAGGGACCAGUUGAAAACAUGUAAAUCAUUGAACAAAACAACUUUGCUUACAGUAGCCUCUCAAGUUAAAAAAAUAAUAAUAACAGGCCAUAAUAAACCCUUUUUCUCUCCUAAAAUUUUUUUCUGCAACUCUUAUUAUGGUGUCAAAGCAAUGGUGCUUCUGAUUGUGAUGAUCAUCAGUGACCUGAAGAAGUGUAGCUGGUAUGGGUUCUCUUUUAUGAUUAAUACCAAGUAUGUGAAAUAUAUAAUUAAAUAUCAUUCUAAUGUUUAAACUUUAAUAUACUUUGGAGUGGAAUAGGGUACAGUCACUGGUUAGUAUGAGAUGAGGAACAGGAAAGACUCUAUGUAGUCCCUAUUCUUUAUAUUCUAGAACAGCAAAGAUCCAGUUACCCCCCCUCAAUUCCUGAUCCCAAAUGGUGCCAUUUGUUUCUUUUGCAGAGAGAUCUGGGACUCUCAGAAUGAUAUAGAGCUCUUCCCUAACAGAGAACACUGUCUGUCUCUCAGCUGAGCUCUCAUAUCAUCCCUUUCUGAACAAGAUAUGGGAAUAUCACUGCCCUGCAGAUGUCUUGCUUUUUGUUCUUCCCAAGUGUUCGUCUGUCUUUUGGGCCUCCGAAUCUGGUUCUCUACGUAGGGAAUAAGAACUUCGAGUUAACAGCAUACUAGAUAUGAUUAGUCUUAGGAUCUAGAAUGCUAGUACCUCUCUGACACAUUAAGAGUUGAGAAGGGCACUGUCUUACUAAGAGAAAUUUGAUUGUGUUGCCUUCUAGGUCACUUUUUACAUCUCCUGACAUGUGUUCUUGUCAUGAGGAAUCCAGUGGCUCAUUCUGUGAGCUCAUUCUGUUCUCAUUUCUAAGCAGCAUGGAAUGAGCCACUGGAUUCCUCCCAGUAAUGUUGAACUUGUGCCAGCUAGAUUCUAGAGAUGCUUAAGAUUCUUUUCUGGAAUCUAUCAAAAUAGAUAAACUAGAGCUGCAACAACAGAUUUAUUGGGGCUCUUAAGGAUGUGCUCUUGUCAGUGGAAGAACCAAGAGUGUCUCCAUGAAAACUGUUUUAGAAAGUCCUACCCACUGGUCCUCACUUUUGUGCUAAUAUCCCCCAACGGGCUUCACAGGGCUUUCAGCUGCCCCUCUGGGAAGAAAAUCUAAUGCUUUCCUUUAGGCUGUGGCUUCAUUCCUUUAACCAAUCAUUUUUGUGAAGAUCACACAGGAGUCAAGGUCAGUUAAAAUUGCACUGGUGUUCUGAUGAUUAUAAAACAAGGCAUAGGAUAAGAGAGUCCUUUCCCCACUGAUUUUGCUGGCCUUAAGAUGGCUAAAUAAACCAGAGGAUUGAAUUUACAGAAGUAUCUUGCCUUGAAGUCUAGACAGCAAGAAAGAAGUAAACUGCUGUUCCUGUGAGCCUGACAUUGGGCAUUGGAUUCUGGCUCCAAAAAAAAUUAAUUGGAAUGAAAUUUAAAAGUGGUGACUGUCCUUGUGGGGGGCACACGCAUCUGCUGCAGCCUGCUGACAACCAGACCCUCCAAUCCUGUCUUCUCCCAUAGUCUCUUGCUUUUAUAUCAGGUAGACUAAUGGCCUAUGCCGAUCCUCAUAGCUGGUGUGCACACGUGUGUGAGUGCCUGCACACAUGCUACUGUGUUCCUAUGUGCUGUUGUUGCUAGCAUCAUAUUUUGACAUAAGUACUCUCCUCACUGAUCUGUAUUUCCAUACCCCAUCAUCAGUAGUUGGGUCAGUGAGGCUAUUCUCUGUUGCCAUAUGAAUUGAACUUCAACCCUUUCUUGGAGUGAAGUACCAUUGAGUGUUUAUGAUGCCAAGAAGAAAUAGAAUGAUGAAUUGUUGUCAAUUCCAUUCUCACGUUUUUAAUAAGGGGGAAAUGGCAAAUUGCCAAUCUGACAUUUACUGAGAGAAACUGGCAAGUUGUAGGCAAGAAGCAGUGAUAGGAGAUGCCCUAGCUCCUAUUGUUCUGCUUGGGUCCUUCUUUUAGCAUCUUUUAGAGUUCCCUUUGCCUAUUUCACUGAAAUUCUCAAGGUCAAGCCACCAGUCAUCUUAGUUAGACCUCUUAAAAUAUUUGUGUUUGCCCGUGGAAAAUAACAGUGAGGUGUGUAGACUAGUGUGAAUGAUGGAUUUGGUAAAAGGCCAUUUGGGGGCCAGUGUUCCAUGCCAUGAGAGACAAUACAGUGUCUCACAGUAUUCAGAAGCCCCAUUGUGGACAUACACCAAAGCAGCCAAUACAGCAUAGUUCCCAUGAUGCCAACUCAAAUCAAAGUUAGGAGAUGUGAAUGGAAGAUUCCAGCCCAAUGUCAAAAAUGCUUCAUAGUUUUUAAUUUGUGAAUGGUUGGUUGUUUUGUUUUUCUUUCAUGAACCUUAUUCUUGAAAAAGAGAAUGGUAAGGAAGAACAGACUCCUGCCUUGUUUACAUGAGAUGUAUAGAUGCAUUUGUGCUCUUGGAGCUUGCAGCACCUUUCUCAGUACUUAAAUGUCAUAAAAACCCAUUUGCUACAUUCAGACCAGAUCAUAAAUAUUUUAACAUCAGUGAUAUUACCUUCAGUAUUUUUCUAUUGACCAAGGUUAAUAUUUUUUGCCAUUAAACAGGUAAUAAGUUAUGCAAAGUAUUUAGCUUUUAUAAUACAUUGUAAUUGUUCAUUAAAGGGGUAAAAAUGGGCUGCAUCACUGAGUAAUGAACUUUAUGUGAGAAAUUUCCCAUGGAUUUGACUCUCAUUCCUUUAGUACUCUUGUUAUAUUUCUUUUGGAAGCAACUAUAAAGAUUUAUUUGAAAAUGUCUAAAAGUUAUGUAUAUUUUAUAAAUAUAUAUUAUAUAUAUUACUAGGAACACACACACACAUAUAUAUAAUAUAUAUAGACAUAUCUAUUAAACCAUAGGUGCAUUUUACUGUUUUUUUGUAUUGCAUUCUUUGGGGUGGUAUAUGCAAAGGAUAAGAUAUGAGUAUGACAUGAAUGUUGUACUAUUUGCUUAUGUAAUAUAUAGUUUUAAAUGUUUUAAUUACUGUAUAUAUUAUAUACACUAUAGGCCAGCAUGCUUGUUGGAAAGAUUGUCAUUCUAGUUUAUUAAAAUUUGAAUAUAAGAAAAACUGGCUAUUCAAAUGUGGAUUGAAAAAUAUUCCAUUCUAAAAUAUUUACACUAAACAUUUAGACUUUCUAAUGAAUAGAUCUUUUAAAGAAGGAAAUAGCUAAAGAAGGAGAGGUGCCUUUUAAAAAACAAAUAUGGCCUUAUAACGAAGAUGAUGGGGGAGUGCAUUAUGUGUGCAUAUAUAUGUUUAUUACAUGUACAUGCAUAGGUAUGUAUAUACAUACAUUGUGUAUAUAUACAUACAUAAAGAUGUAUGUAUGUUUAUAUUUGAGCUGUGCCCACUGAUGUCUUUUUACUGUAUUUGUUAAACUUGCAGAUCUUCAGGGUAUUGUGUAUGAACCCAUUUCUGUGCUCUUCUGAGCACUACAUAACACUUUUUUAGAAUAUUUAUGUGAAUUCAUAGAAAUUUCAAUAGGAGAAAGGCUAUGCUAUUCAUUUUUUAUAUUUGUAUUAGAAUUCAUGUAGAAGAAAGUGCAUGUCCACAAAACGAUGGGACCUAAUUUAGCUUGGCUACGUAAGAGUGCCUCUUGAAAGGUUCAUUUUUAAAAUGCUUCAUAUAUUUUCAUCUUUUUUAUUUUCACUAAAGAUUCAAGAGAAAGUUUCAACUACUAAGACAUUAUUUUUAGAUCAAGUAAUAACUGGACUGGUUAAAAAUCCCACCCUAGGAGAGUUUUAAAGUAUUGAAACAGCAACUUUCAUACCUACCUCUCUGUCACUGUCUUCAUAUUUUUCUUUAAAAGGAAAUCUUUAUAUUAUGUUUGAAAUGAACGUUUAUAUCUACAAACAUUUUGGUGCUAAAAAUUUGCCAUUUAAGUUACAUGGGACCUAGAUUUCCUAAAACACAUUUUAGACCUUAGAAUUCUUUUGUUUUAAUUGUUUAUGGCAAAUUAUGAAUGACUAGAGUUCAUUUUUCUCUAAUUGGAAUGAAUAUGAGCUUUUGGUCACCAAGUUUCUGACAUGGUUCCACUGUCAAUACUUUGAUGGGCUUAUGACCAACUGGUAUCAUACCUCUAUCCACUGAUGUAGAUCAUAGCCUCUUGGUGUCAUCUCAUUUGGUACAAUUCUUAUCCGUAGGUCUCUGUAUAUAUCCCUUGUAGCCAAUCUACCCAAUGUGCUGAAGCCUUGCUUUGGUUCUUGUAACGUUUUCUAGGUAACAAACUUCUUGAUACUCCUAGGUAACAGUUAUUCCUUGAGCUUUCUUUCUAGUCAUGAAUACAUUUGACAAUGUCAUUCCCAUUACUCCUUCCCUGCAAAUUAUUCUUGGUAAUAUAAAAGUAAGCUAUUAUAUCAAAAGAAUAAUAGAAAAGAGCUAUCCAGAGAAAUUUUGUCAGGUUAAUCUGUUUCAGCCAUCUGACUUUGAUUUUAGCUAUUAAUAGUGGCACUUCUUUAGCAGUUUUUAUAAUCUAUAAACCAUUUUAUAGGGAGUUGGGAUUGCCACAGGUUGUGACUCACAGGAAUUUGUUGUGUUUUGGGUUAGUUGCCUCUGAUUACUACUGAAGUUCUUCACUGAGAAAAACAUCUGAAAAUUAUAAAAAUCAUAAAUUUUCCUAUACUAUUUUGGUAAUUUUGAUUAGGCCAUUAAAAGUUUCCAUUUAGGCAGUUUUUUUUGUCUUCCAUUUGUUUAUCCUUGCCCACACAAUAGAUGCCCAUCUUAAUAGGUUAAAAGGUUAAACCAUGUAACAGAUCUUUUUUACAUUGUUACACUUCUGUGACACCUUUUAAGUAGCAUGUUUUCUUUGUAUAUAAAUGUUAUUCUGGACGUGACUUCUAGAAGACACUACCUCCCUGGACACCUCCUCUAAUACCUCUUAAGGCCAGGAAUUGACAUAUAUUAACUUUGCUCACUGUUUCUAUCUCUAAACCCUUCCUUUGCCAGCAUUACUCAGUAACCACUUCUUUGAGGUUUAUUCCAUUUGUCUAACCUCACCUAAUAACUUAAUAUAAUUUAAUUUCACACAUUUAUCCAGUGUCAUGGUUAUCUGCCAGCAUCUAGAUCCUAUUUAAUCCAAUAACCAGUCAACAGAUAAAUGUAUUAAGUACUUACAAUGUGCAAUGCACUAGGUGAGCUUAUUCUUUUUUUUUUAAGGAGUUCAGUCUUCCUCAUCACUUUAACCCCUGUGCUUUGAUGACGAUUCACUUAUUCUGGUAUCAACCUCAGUUCCCACAUUCUUCAUCUUCAUUCACCGAAACCGAUUUUUGAUCUCACCAUAUUUACACAGAAUACUACCUUCUGAACUUUCCCUUUGAUCAUAAAUGCCUAUCUUAGUACUUCAUUGUCUUAAAUAGGACUUCCAAUUUACCUUUCCCUUACCUCGUUUUGUCACCUUCAUGGUCUUGACUGUGAGUUCAACUAGUUCUCCUUCCUCUGUCCUUGAGACCCAUGUUCUCUUAUGCCACUGUUCAUGCCUAGCCAACUCAGCAUUGCUUCUCCCAUUUGGCACAUCCAUUCCUAUUCACAUGCUGUUGGAGAUCUCACCAAUUAGGCUAAUUAGGCCCACCACAAAUUUGUUAUCUAACAUAACUGGGCUUUACUGAAACGGGGAUCUUUUUAUUCUUGGUUGGCUCUCAUUCUCUCCAUUGACUCUCAAACUUCUUCUCUUUAAGCCCCUUCUCCCAUUCUUUAAGCAGAAUACCUUGUCUCCUUUACUGGGAAAAGAAAUGAACAUCAUAAUCUCUUUUCUGUUCAUCAUCCUUCUAUAUCAUACUCCAUUCUUUCUUCCUUUGCCCUGAUCUCUGAGGCAAAAGUGACCCCUUCUUUUUUCAUUGACCUUUCUUGUGAAGUACAGUUCAUCUCUUUGUGCUUUUGAUCUCAUUCAUCUCUAUUCUCCUCUGGGAAGUUGUCUCACUGAUCAUCCUCUCUCAUCUUCAGUCUCUCCAUGGCCACUAGAUUCUUAGACAGCUUAUAUACAUGUGCCUGAUUCUCUCCCUUUUACAGCUCUUUGCCCUUUUACAGGCUAUUUCCUAGGAGGGACUCUGUACCCAGCCCUUGCAUUCUAGCUUCCACCUCUACCAUUUGGCUUAAUUGUCUCUCUCCAAGGUUCUUGAAACUUUUUCUUGUAAGUUUAUCAGUGAUCUCUUUACUGCUCAGUCCUAUGAUCUUUGCAUCUCUAGUGUCCACUCUCUUCUACGUAGGCUUCACUUCUGUUGCUUUCUUGGUUCUAUCACUGUGUGGCUGCAUUAUUAUCUAUAUCCUAAGCAUGAGACGCUGACCUGUCCACCCUUUUAACUCUAUCCUAUUGAUGAUCUCAGCUGUCAUGAGUUCAAUCCUUUCUAUACAGAUGAUUCCCAGAUCUGUAUUUGCAGUCCUAACCUCACGUCUGAACUCUAGCCUUGAAUUAGUGGCUAGCUGAUUGUCAGUCAAUAAGCAUUUACUAAGUGCCUCCUAUGUGCCAGCACUAUAUGCUAAGUGCUGGGUUUACAAAAAGGGGGAAAGUCCUUAUUCUUGAGUUCACAAUCUAAUGGAGGAGACAAUAGGCAAGUAAAUAUGUACAGAUUAUAUACAACAUAAAUAGGAAAUCACUACUUGAAUUUCAUUCAAUAUAUCUGAAAUAAGCUCUCCCCCUAAAACCCGCUCCUCCUAACUUUCUAAUCUUCAAGGGAGAGCACCCAGAUUUAUAGUGUUAGUGCCGUAGUUGACUUUUUUCCCUCUCUUACACCUUGUAUCCAACUGUUGCCAAGUUUUAAUGAUUCUACUAACAGCUCUUGCUUCCAACUCUAUUUACUUCUGAUUCAGCCUCUUAUCACCUCUCACCUGGAUUGUCGCAAUAGUUUUGUAAUUGGCCUCAUCUCUAAUCCAACCUCUUCCACAGCUGUCAAACUGCUAAAACAUCAGACCACUAUGUCAUGCCCCUUUUAUGAAAUUUCCCAGGACUCCAUUGCCUCCUGAAAGAGAAUAGGAGCUUCUUGGCCUGAUUUUUUUUCAGUCUUCCAGUUUGGGUCCUGACUGCCUUUCUAAACCUAUUUAAUAUUACUGCACAUAUUUUGGGUCUACCAACUAGCCUACCAGCCCUUCCUUGAAUUCAGCAUGCACUUUCUCAUAUCCUUGCCUUUGUACCUGAAAUAUAUCUCCCUUCCUCUCUCCUCAUAUGCCAUUCACUGCUCAAAAAAUUUCUUGGUUCCUCCCAUUCCCUCCCAAAUUGUUAGAACUCUGACCCUCCUGAGAUUACUUACAUCCCUCUCUGUGAACAUGUUAUAUUUGGUACUUCUGGUCAAGGUACUAUCUUGCUUUUUUUGUCUUUACAUUCCCACCACCUUGCAUGAUGGUUUGCAAAUGGUAGACUCUUAAUAAAUGCUUAUUGAUCUGAGUCAAAAUGAGUCAUAAAUAUAGCAUUUUUAGCAGCAUCUUGAAAUGGUUUUUAACAUUAAGAAUUUACUGGAUUUUUGCUAGUCAAGCUUUAGAUAUGUAUUUUACUGGGACCACGUGGGUAUCUUGUUUUGAUGACCAACCGUACUGACUUAGAUUCAUUCUGUUGUUCACCAGUGAGUUAACCAUAGUGCCUUGUUGAUAUAGAUGGAAUGGAUCUCUGUUGGUUGUCCAUUCCUCUCUAAAAAAAAAAAAAAAGGAAUAAUUUAAAAUUCAUCUGUAAGGAGCUGCUAAGUUGACAGUGCUACUUCUCCAGUUAUUAGUAAUCAAAAACCAUGAAUGCUUGGGUUAUGCACUCCACAAUAUCCUCAUGACUUGAUCUCCACACAUUCGCCCAAUGCACCACAUUCUUCUAUUUUGUUUCUCCAUUGCCUGUCUAGAACCUGCUCUCUAUUGGGAUUAGAGGGGAAAGUUUCCUUUUUUAAUUCUUGCUCCUAUUAAAAAUAUUAAAUUUUUUCAUUUGGUCUAAGUCAAUGAUAUCUGAGCCAUGUUAGUAGGAGAUGCUGCUUCUUUGUAUCAUUGAUAUUCACUGUUUUUUCUAACUGGUUCAGAUUUUUCAAGUUCUUUACCUCUUCAUGAAGAUUCCUAUGUCAAAAAAUGUGUGUCCUCUGCUCCUCCAAUCAGUUAGUCCUGAACUAGAUUGAUUGAUAUUAAGGUAUUUUUUAUUUAGUCAGAAUAUCUGUUAAUGUAAAUUCAUCCAAAUACUCAUUUUCAUGGUGAAAAUGGUUUCCUUUGUAAAUUCAGGGUAUGGACAAACUAAUUAAGACAUCCAUUUCGGGUGGCUCUAAGUGUAUUCUUUUGUUUUUAAAUAAAGUAUAAGCAUCUAGA